GGAGAGAUCCCAUUCACAGUGUCGGGCUACGCCCCCCUGGUCGCCCCCUCCAGCCUGCACCUCCCUCACCAGCAGAGAAGAGGAGGAGAGUGGAGGAGAGGGAAAGGGGGAGGGGGAUGGACAGAGGGAUGGGGGGGCCCCCGGCUAAGCUCCGCCGCGCCGAGGGUCCGUACCCCCCGAGAGGACUUCCUGCCAAGCCUUCCCUCCUCCUGAACCUGGCAUGCAGAGAGUCGGGUAGAGGAGAGGGUCUGCUCCCCAUCCCUGGUUCCUCACAGACAGGGAGGCUCGACCGUUUCCAUCCCAUCUCCAUCCCUGGUUCCUCCAUGGACCUGGGGAGAGGCGACGGGCUGCUGCCCACCCCAGGGAGCUCUGAGGCGGGCAGAAGAGAGAGUGACAGGGGGUCUAUCUGGCCUCUCAUGGGUCUGCAGGUCAAACCCUUCCCCCAGAGGAGAAUCAAACUGAACAGAGACCUGGGUAGGAACAGCAGUAUGGCCCGCCCAGAGGAGAGACCAGCUCCAGUUGCUAAUAUCACCACUACUAUCACCUCUACUGGAGAGAGGCCUGCUGGUCCCGAGAGAGGAGGAGCAGAGAGGGAUGGAGCGACGGAGAGGGUGGCGGUGAUGGUGGAGCGGAGGUCUUCUGGCGAGAGGUCAGAGGUCAGGUCUGUUAGGUCAGAGAGGCCGUCAUCAGGGGAACGUUUGCCGGAGAGAGGAGGAGGAGGAGGAAGGUCAGUCUCUCUAGACCGCAUGACCAUCGCGGAACGCUCGGCCAUCGCUAAGAAACCUGAUGUCACCGAGGAGAGAACAGAGAGCGAGUACACACCGCCCGCUGAGAGAGAGACCAGCGGAGAGCUCCAAGGAGAGAGAGAGACCAGCAUCAGCCCAGACUGGCAGGUCAUCAUCCAGGGAGAAGUCAGCCACCAGGGAACCGAAAGGAGAGAAGACCUCGUCCUCCAUAGACAGACCUGCCUCUACAGGGAGCGAGCGGCAGGGUCCCAGAGAGAGACUGUCGCUGAAGACAGAGCGGUGGUCGUGGUGAAGGAGGGUUCUGGUUCUGGGAAGACCAGAAAGAUCAGCAGAAAGAGUUCUGAGCCCACGACCCACCACUCAUCAGACCACUCUGUCACUUCAACUGGCAGCAGCAGGUCUGAGCCGAGCCAGAGCCAGGGUGCUGUGUCAAAACCACGGGACCUCCAGACCCAAAGGAGACCCAGUCCCGUCCAGUUCCCCAGCCCAGGCAGGGAGAGGAGGGACCGUGGGAUCGGAGGAGUCCUCAUCCAGCCUCCACCCCGGUCCAAGUGGGGAGAGAGGAGGAGGAGGAGGAAGAGGAGCAGCACUCAGCGUCCAGGGAGAAUGGGGCGUUGGCGGUUUCCUCCUCUGUGCCCAGAGACGCUCUGAGGAGAGAAGUCUCACCAGCACCGCCUAGUGGCCAAGGCAGGGAGGUGCAGGGUAGUGUCUCUAAAACAGCCAACACUGAGGGGAGGAGAGGGAGGGAGGAGGGGACUAGAAGGAGGGAGGAAGGCAGAGGGCUUAAAAAGGGGCAGGUGAACUUUAGAAAACCAGCUAAGACCGAAUCCAGAGGAGUGAAGGAGGAAGGAAGAGGAGGGGGCGGGAGGGAGGAGAGUCGAGGGCGGGGCCUGAGCCAAGGCGA